AGUUACUGAACAGUAUAAUGCGCAGUCUUACGACGACGUUUAGAGUUUUUAAUCAGUACUACCGAUUGAUUUGGGAUCAGAAGAGAAAACUCCGAAACGAAAAUGGCAGGAAGAUUGAGCGGUGUGGCGUCAAGGAUAAUGGGUGGAAACGGCGUCGUUGCACGAUCAAACGCCUCAUCUCUCCGCCAACGCGCCGGCAUGGGUCUCCCCGUCGGCAAACACAUCGUCCCCGAUAAGCCUCUUUCGGUUAACGACGAGCUGAUGUGGGACAACGGGACUGCGUUUCCAGAGCCUUGCAUUGAUCGAAUUGCUGACACCGUCGGGAAGUACGAAGCAUUGGGAUGGUUGUGUGGCGGUUUAGGCUUCUUUGCGACUCUCGGUUUGCUCGCUGUUGUGAAUGAUAAAGCUUCCAAGGUUCCUUUUACACCACGAGUGUAUCCGUAUGACAACCUGAGAGUGGAGCUUGGUGGAGAGCCAUAGAGACCUACCUAUCAAGUGAUCUGCUUAUCAAACUCGAGCGUGUUUUCUUCUAAACUUGUUUUAGUUUCCUGCUCAGAACUUACAGACAAAAGAAUAAAAGAGACAUCGUUUUCAUCUAAAUGCGUUGUCUCUGUAACUAACAGUGACCAUUUGGGUGUAUUCAAAAGAGAAUACGUCUGGCUUUUCAACAAAUCUAGAUUUUUUUUCUUAA